AUGGAUAAGCUCCAAAGGCAGCCGCUGGGUUCUCUGUUGACCAAGAUUAGAAAGUCCCGCGUGUUUUUAGUUGGUGCUGGCGGCAUUGGUUGUGAGCUGCUGAAAAACCUAGUCCUUACUGGUUUCGGAGAAAUCCACAUCAUAGACCUCGACACAAUAGAUCUCAGCAAUCUGAACAGACAGUUCCUCUUCAGACAAGAGCACAUAAAAAAGCCAAAGGCAUUAGUCGCAAAAGAAGUCGCUAGAAAGUUCCGGCGAGACGUAUCCCUCCACGCGUAUCAUGCCGAUAUCAAAGAUCCACAAUUCAAUGUUGAAUUCUUUGAGUCGUUCGAUAUCGUGUUCAAUGCAUUGGACAAUCUAGAUGCGCGCAGACACGUCAAUCGCAUGUGCCUAACGGCAGACGUUCCUCUGAUUGAGAGCGGCACCACAGGGUUUAACGGUCAGGUACAGGUCAUAAAAAAGGGGCGUACUGAGUGUUAUGACUGCAAUGCGAAACAAGUGCCCAAGUCAUUCCCAGUAUGCACGAUACGGAGUACUCCCAGCCAAUCCAUACAUUGCAUAGUUUGGGCAAAGAGCUAUCUACUACCAGAGCUGUUUGGGGAAAGCGAGAGCGAUCCAGGGGAGUUCGACCAUUCUGAGGACGCCGAAAAUGCGGAGGAGAUUCAAAAUUUGCAAAGAGAGGCUCAAGCGUUGCUAUCCAUUCGCCAAUCAAUGGGAUCUGAUGGAUUUGGCGAAAAAGUGUUCACAAAAGUCUUCAAUGAGGAUGUAGACCGCCUACGGAAGAUGGAGGACAUGUGGAAAACUAGGAAACCGCCCCAGCCUCUAUCAUUCGAUCCCCUUCAGCAAGAAGCGACCGCAGUGGACUCAACUAUAUCUUCGGAUGACCAGAAGAUUUGGAGCCUGGUAGAAAAUUUCGCAGUCUUCAAAGACAGCCUUGGUCGUCUUUCAAGGAGGCUGCAGGAGCUCGAAGCUGCAGUUACAGAUGGAUAUAAACCUGUGAUAGCUUUCGAUAAGGAUGAUGUGGACACACUUGAUUUCGUCACGGCAAGCGCAAAUCUCCGAUCUUACAUAUUUGGAAUCGAAAUGAAAUCAAAAUUUGAGAUAAAACAGAUGGCUGGGAACAUCAUACCAGCAAUUGCCACGACAAAUGCCAUGACGGCAGCAAUAUGUGUUUUGCAGGCGUUUAAGGUACUGAAGGACGAAUAUGGCAAAGCAAAAAUGGUCUUCCUCGAGCGAUCAGGCGUCCGUGCUAUAAAUACUGCAAAUCUGAGCUCCCCUAAUCCUCAGUGUCCAGUCUGCAGCGUAGCGCAAGGAAGGGUUUCCAUUGACCUCGAAAGAGCUACACUAGACGAUUUAGUCCAGGACGUUCUUCGUGGGCAGCUUGGGUAUGGCGAAGAGCUCUCAAUCAAUAACCAGAUGGGAACCAUCUACGAUCCAGAUCUUGAUGACAACCUGCCGAAGAAACUUAAAGAUUUAGGAGUCUCCAAUGACAGUUUCCUCACUGUUGUUGAUGAGGAGGAUGAGAAUACCCGAGUGAACCUGGAUUUGCUUGUUUCUGAGAGACCGUCCACUGACCCAACCACACAACCCAUUUCCUUACCAUCCAAACCCGACAUUCCCAGAAAACUACAGCUUGAUAUGGAUUUAAAUACGAAUGGCGCCACUUCUACUACUAACGGAAAUGGCACGGGAAAACGGAAGCGCGAUGCAGACGAAAAUCCAGACGAUAAAGAAGAUAAACCGACAAAGCGCCUUGCAACAAUGUCCGUGGCGGAUGGUGACGGUGAUCUCGCUGAAAAACCUAUCAUCCUAGAAGAUGAUUCUGGAACCAUUCUGAUCGAUGAGGACUGA